UUCUUCUCCGCGGCCGUCGAUGGUUCCCCUCCCCCUGCAAUUGGCCCCACAAAUUUGGCACGCCUUCUCUCCUUCCCAGGUUUUGGAUCCCGUCGCUGCCAUUUCUCCGGCUUUCUUGAAUCGUGGAGCCAAAUCUUUGCCGUCCCCCUCGAUUCCGUCUCUUCUCUUCUCCUUUGAUGUAGAGACGUCAGCCUUCGGCGUUCUUUCAGCUUCCGGAACGGAGGCAGUGUUGGGAGAUCGAUCGUGUCGUCGCGUUCAUGGUUGCACCCAUCGCUGCCGAGCCUGCCAAGAAGGAGGGAUUGCAUGAACGAUUGGUUUCGCGCGGUUGAGUUUGGAGAGGACGAGAGGAGCAACAGGAGAGAACAGAGGAAGAGGAGGAAAUGUCAGAUUCGGCUCCACCUCCUGAGAGUCUGAGCUCUAACUCGACGGCUAGCACGUCUCCACCUCCCUCGGAGGCGACUUCUCCGCCGCCAUCGACCUCUCCGCCAUCUCCACCAGCUUCGGCGCCGCCUCCCCAGAGUCCACCUCCGUCCGAAAACCCAUCCCCGUCGCCACCAUAUUCGCCUCCGCUACAACCUUCUGAUUCAACUGCAUCUCCUCCGCCAGAGUCAUCACCACUCACCCCUCCACCGAAUACGCCGCCAACGUUGGCACCACCGAAUACCCCACCACCAAAUGCCUCCCCUCCUCCUCCAAUUCCACCUCCACCUCCUCCUCCUCCUUCUCCUCCUCCUCCCAAAGCUGCCUCCCCCGUUCCUUCACCACCAUCACGUGUUCUUACCUCUCCGCCUCCGCCUCCUCCUGCUUCUCCUCCUCCAGCAUCGUCACCUCCUGUUAGCUCACCAUCGGAUUCAAGAUCUCCCCCUCCGCCGCCACCUACACCCGUCGUCGUGCCGCCACCUGCACCCGUCGUCGUGCCACCAUCACCUAGUCCUCCAAAGGUUGCUCCAUCUCCUGGAAACCAAGAAUCACGACCACCACCACCUCCUCCUGUGUCUGCAACUGCACCAAGUUCUCCAACUCCGCCGUCCGUACCUGCACCCGCACCAUCAUCAACCAUUACCACUCCAACUCCGCCAUCCGUGCCGACACCCGUAACACCUAUCCAUAAGAACACUACUCCUUCACAUUCCCCAUCACCUACUGUUCCGCGGCACAUUUCCCCGUCCAAAAAUUCAAGCUCCUCUCCUUCCGAUGCUUCAUCGAAUUCACAAGGCAAUCAUGAAACGGUAACAUUGGUCGGAAUAACUGUUGCUGGAGUAUUAGUCGCCUUAGUUGCCAUUUUCUUCGUGGUCUUAAGGAAGAAGAAUAAAAGAACGCAUGGCUUAACAGGACAGUCCAGGCGUCCACCUCCUGAAAUUGCACUACCAAAUGGCCGCUACCAUGGACCGGCAGGUGCAGCAGCCGGAAGAGCUCCACAUCCAGAUGCCAAUCACGCAGCGUCUCCUUCCGGGGAAAGCUCGUACGGGAGUUAUGGUCGCCAGGUUCGUGCUGCUGAGGGGAUCGAUCCUUCAGGGUCCAAGUCAUGGUUUACAUACGAAGAGCUGAUGGACAUAACGAAUGGGUUUUCUCGGGAGAAUCAUAUUGGCGAGGGAGGGUUCGGAUCUGUGUACAAGGGUGUGCUGCAAGACGGUAGAGAAGUGGCGGUGAAGCAGCUUAAGAUUGGGAGUGGACAAGGCGACAGGGAAUUCAAGGCGGAAGUGGAGAUCAUCAGCCGCGUCCACCACCGCCAUCUGGUUUCUCUGGUGGGUUACUGCAUAGCAGAACAACAUCGGCUGCUGGUCUACGAGUUCGUCUCCAAUAAAACUCUAGACCACCAUUUGCAUGGAGAGGGACUUCCCGUUCUCGACUGGGGCAAACGAAUGAGAAUUGCUGUAGGCUCUGCUCGUGGACUGGCGUACCUGCAUGAAGAUUGUCAUCCUCGGAUCAUUCACAGGGACAUCAAGUCGGCUAAUAUCCUUUUGGAUGAAUCCUUCGAAGCGCAGGUAGCAGAUUUUGGGCUGGCAAAACUAGCAAACGAUGCACAUACGCAUGUGUCGACCAGAGUUAUGGGAACAUUCGGGUACUUGGCACCGGAGUAUGCAUCGAGCGGAAAAUUAACAGAUAGAUCAGAUGUGUAUUCAUUUGGAGUCGUGCUUCUGGAACUCAUAACCGGGCGAAAACCUGUUGAUGCAUCUCGGCCUUUGGGCGACGAGAGCUUGGUGGAAUGGGCUCGACCACUCUUGAUUCAUGCUCUUGAAACAGGCGACUACGAAGAAUUAGUGGACCCAAAGCUUGAGAACAACUUUCUAAAAGCUGAUAUGUUACGUGUGAUCGAAGCAGCUGCUGCUUGCGUCCGUCACUCUGCUCCCAAGCGACCACGAAUGGUGCAGGUGCUGAGAGCAUUGGAUAGCGAGGGAAGCCUGUCUGAUCUCUCCAAUGGCGUCAAGUUCGGCCAGAGCACCGUCUACAACUCUGGCCAGUACUCCGCUGACAUCCAAAAGCUGCGCAGAAUGGCGUUCGAUAGUGGGGGCUUCAGCAUCGACUACGACCAUUCCGGUGAGCAUGAGCACGAACACGGAAGCAACUCGACAUACAGCAGUGCCGAGCACUAGACGAGGAGGAGGAGGAGGCAACCCGUGAAGUUGGAUCGUCUUCUGGACGCUGGAGGAACGCUGUCGUCGUACUGGUUUCGAGUGCAGAGAGGAUGGCAUUUCCUGUACGCAUACAUAGGGUUAUGAUAAAUACCUACUUGGACUCGAAACUGUUGAGAAGGAAAGCGAAGAAUGACUCCUCGAUGUUCCUCGCAGAGAAAGAGGCGUUUUGAAGGAGUAUUUAGAGU